AUGGUGACGGUACCAUCUAUUGUGCCAUCAAUAGUGCCUCAGCGCGCGAAACGCUGGUACAAUUGGUUCGCGGAUGAUGACACCCCCGAGGAACGCAAGCUCAUUGUCAAGCUGGACACCUUGAUCGUGCCGUACGCGUUUUUGGUCUAUUGGUUGAAGUAUCUUGACCAGGCAAACAUCAAUAAUGCAUAUGUCGCAGGUCUUUCCGACGAACUUGGCUUCCAUGGUAACGAGCUAGUACAUUUGCAGACAAUGUACAUUGUUGGAGCGGUGGUCGGACAGGUCCCGUUCGCGUGGCUGUUCACCAAGGUCCGGAUGCACUGGCUGCUCCCCGGCAUGGACCUUGCGUGGGGUAUCUUCACGCUGUUGCAGUACCGGGCCAACGGCUACUCUGAGAUGAUGGCGUACCGCUUCUUGGUCGGACUCUUCGAGAGCGCCUACUUCCCAGGAGUCCACUACGUCUUCGGCGCGUGGUAUCGGGGCCAUGAACUCAGUCGCAGAGGAGGAGUCUUUUACGUCGGGCUCACGCUCGGCACCUUGACGGCGGGUUUGAUCCAAAGCGCGGCAACCAGCACGCUCGAAGGCGUCCACGGCCUGUCUGGUUGGCGGUGGAUGUACAUCAUCUGCUCUUGCAUGACCUUCUUCAUGGGCUUCAUCGGCUUCUUCAUCUUCCCCGGCACGCCCGACAUGCCGAACCGGCUCGUCCUCAAGGACCACGACAUCGAGCUCGCGAAGCGCCGGCUCGAAAAGGACGGCCCCCGCGGCUCGGUCCAGCUGACGUGGCGCACCGUCAAAAACGUCUUCUCGAGCUGGAAGCUGUACGUGCUCGUGUUGUGGGCCGUUUUCUUCUGGAACGCCAGCAUCAACACCAGCUCGGGCGCGUACCUGCUCUGGAUCAAGAGCCUGAAGCGGUACCCGUCGCCCACGGUCAACACGCUCGGCAGCACCGCGCCCGCCAUCGGCAUCUUCUACGUCCUCUUCAUCUGCUUCGGCGCCGACCUCUUCCUCGGCCGCGCCGGCGCCAUCACCGUCGCGUACGUGUGGAACGCCAUCGGCAUGAUCAUCCUGUGCGUGUGGGACGUGCCCGAGGCGGCCAAGUGGUUCGCGUUCAACACGUUUUACGCGUCCGUCGCCAUGUCGUCGGUGCUGUACGGCUGGGCCAACGACAUCAUGCGCCACCGCCCGGACGAGAGGUCGUUCAUGCUCAUCGCCAUGAACACGGUUGGGCAGAGCACCACGGCGUGGACGCCGCUGCUUGUGUUCAAGACGGUUGAGGCGCCCAGGUUUCCCAAGGGCUUUCCGUUUGUGUUGGCGUGUACGAUCGCGACGGUGGGCAUGACGUUUGUUGUCAGGUUUUUGCACAAUAGGGAGGAGGAACAACUGAAAUCGAAGGCGGAGUCUGCAGAUGGGGAAGCCCAGCCUGGGACGCCGCCGGUGGGAACCCUUGUUGUGGACGCUAAUCAGAAACACGCGUAG